GCGCCGGCGGAGCGAGCGGGCGGCCAUGGCGGCGGGCAGCGCUAUCCAGAUCCCCAGCCGCCUCCCGCUGCUGCUCACCCAUGAGGGCGUGCUGCUGCCCGGCUCGACCAUGCGGACGAGCGUGGACUCGCCGCGCAACAUGCAGCUGGUGCGCAGCCGGCUCCUGAAGGGCACCUCGCUGAGGAGCACCAUCAUCGGCGUCAUCCCCAACACCAGCGACCCCACCUCUGACUGCGACGACCUGCCCUCCCUGCACAGGAUUGGCACUGCUGCCUUGGCAGUUCAGGUGGUUGGUAGCAACUGGCCCAAGCCACAUUAUACAUUGCUGGUUACGGGCCUCUGCCGAUUCCAGAUCCUACAGCUGCUGAAAGAGAAGCCGUAUCCUGUUGCUGAAGUUGAACAGUUAGAUCGACUUGAGCAGUUUACUAAUCAGCACAAGUCUGAGGAGCAACUUGGAGAAUUGUCAGAACAAUUCUACAAGUAUGCAGUGCAGUUGGUUGAGAUGCUGGAUAUGUCUGUUCCUGCAGUCGCAAAGCUGAGACGUCUUUUGGACAAUCUGCCUAGAGAAGCUUUGCCAGACAUACUGACUUCUAUCAUCCGUACAUCCAAUCAAGAGAAGCUUCAGAUUUUAGAUGCUGUUAGGCUGGAAGAACGGUUCAAGAUGACUAUACCAUUGCUUGUUAGACAGAUUGAAGGCCUGAAGCUGCUUCAGAAAACAAGAAAGCCCAAACAGGAUGAUGAUAAAAGGGUCGUAACUAUUCGUCCUAAUAGAAGAAUCAAUCACAUUCCAAGCACUACAGAAGAUGAGGAGGAAGAAGCAGAUAAUGAUGAUGUUGUCAUGCUGGAAAAAAAGAUUAGAACAUCCAGUAUGUCAGAACAAGCUCUUAAAGUUUGUCUUAAGGAAAUAAAAAGAUUAAAGAAGAUGCCUCAGUCUAUGCCGGAAUAUGCUUUGACAAGAAAUUACUUGGAACUGAUGGUAGAGUUGCCAUGGAACAAGAGUACAAAAGAUCGCCUUGAAAUUCGUGCAGCUCGAAUUCUUUUGGAUAAUGAUCAUUAUGCUAUGGAGAAGUUGAAGAAGAGAGUUUUGGAGUACUUAGCUGUCCGACAGCUUAAAAACAACCUCAAGGGACCCAUUCUAUGUUUUGUUGGGCCCCCAGGAGUUGGUAAAACUAGUGUUGGAAGAUCAAUUGCAAAGACUUUGGGUCGAGAAUUCCACAGAAUUGCUUUAGGAGGAGUCUGUGAUCAGUCUGAUAUUCGAGGCCACAGGCGCACCUAUGUUGGCAGUAUGCCUGGCAGAAUAAUCAAUGGACUGAAGACUGUUGGAGUUAACAAUCCAGUAUUCCUGUUAGAUGAAGUUGAUAAACUGGGGAAGAGCUUGCAGGGGGAUCCUGCAGCAGCCUUGCUUGAGACUGCUGCUUCUUGUUUGGUCUUGGAUCCAGAACAAAAUCACGGUUUCACUGAUCACUACUUAAAUGUAGCCUUUGAUCUGUCCCAAGUCCUUUUUAUAGCUACAGCCAACACUACAGCUACUAUCCCACCUGCUCUGCUGGACAGAAUGGAAAUUAUUCAAGUUCCAGGAUACACACAAGAAGAAAAAAUUGAAAUUGCACAUAGACACUUGAUUCCUAAACAGCUUGAACAACAUGGCCUGACUCCACAGCAAAUACAGAUUCCACAAGUAACCACUUUGGACAUAAUUACCAGAUACACUAGAGAGGCAGGAGUCCGCUCUCUGGAUCGGAAGCUGGGAGCUAUUUGCAGAGCAGUGGCAGUGAAAGUGGCAGAAGGACAGCACAAAGAAACAAAGCCAGAUCGUGCUGAAGUGGAUGAAGAAGAUUGCAAAGAGCAUGUCACAGAAGACGCGAAAACAGAAUCCAUCAGUGACACAGCUGACCUGGCUCUGCCACCUGAAAUGCCGAUUUUAAUUGAUUUCCAUGCUUUAAAAGAUAUCCUGGGGCCACCCAUGUAUGAAAUGGAGGUGUCUGAACGCUUAAGUCAGCCAGGAGUAGCCAUAGGCUUGGCUUGGACUCCCUUAGGGGGAGAGAUCAUGUUUGUAGAAGCUAGUCGCAUGGAUGGAGAAGGUCAGCUUACUUUGACUGGUCAACUCGGAGAUGUUAUGAAGGAGUCGGCGCAUCUUGCAAUUAGCUGGUUGCGCAGCAAUGCAAAGAGAUACCAGCUAACCAAUGCUUCUGGAAGUUUUGAUCUCCUUGACAACACUGACAUCCAUCUGCACUUCCCAGCUGGAGCUGUCACAAAAGAUGGACCAUCUGCUGGUGUUACCAUAGUAACCUGCCUUGCUUCACUCUUCAGUGGGCGGCUGGUGUGUUCAGAUGUAGCCAUGACAGGAGAAAUUACACUAAGAGGCCUUGUUCUUCCAGUUGGGGGAAUUAAAGACAAAGUCCUAGCAGCACACCGAGCUGGACUGAAGAGAAUUAUCAUUCCUCGAAGAAAUGAAAAAGAUCUUGAAGAAAUUGCAGUGAAUGUACGGCAAGAUUUGACUUUUGUUAUGGCAAGCUGUCUAGAUGAAGUUCUUAAUGCAGCUUUUGAUGGAGGAUUUGCAGUUAAGCCCAGAGUUGAGCGUCUGAAUAGUAAACUUUAAGCAGACAGGCUGAGAUUACUUCUGUAUCAAAUUUAAUAGAGAUCAAUACCAAUCAGCUAUAUAUGUAUCAAGUAUAACUAUGAGCUAAACCUGAUUGUUUAAAUGGGGGUGUAAAUGCAAUCAAAAUAAAAAUACUACUUCUGCAGUUAACAACCUGAAACCACAUUUUAGAGGCAUUUGCUGCUUUCUACUAUCAUCAGCAAAGAACCGU